GUGCCUAUUAUCACAUCUACCUCUCGUAGAGGCCGGCGGCUACACGCUAUUAUAACCAACCUGUGCUCGAGGAGCUUUCGCGUCUUGGUAGCAUCCGUACGUCGACUAUUUCUCGACUUACCUACCUAGGUACCUACCUGCCUGUCUACCUACCUACUUGUCUGCCCAGGUUUUACCCGUCUAUCACCACAUAUCUCGUGAGAUAACACUUGAGAGACAUCUCCCGCUCGUCGUGUCGCUACUGCGACAGCUUCUUCUUGACCUAAACUUAUUGGAUCACCGGAUCCCAGCCCUGGUUCUCGCCUGCAUCGCAGAGCAACUGUCACAUCCCACCCUCCUCAGCCGAACAACCCGGCCCCUGCGCUACGCCGACGAUGUCGCCUUCCUCCUUCAUCCACUACUCCCCUCAGGAGCUCCUCCGCCUCCGUGCCGGCGUCGGCACCGUCCACACCGUGUUCCUCGCUCGAGAGCUAUGGGAACCGCAUAAACGCGUAAACUGGCGAGGCCUCUGCGCCGAGCCCAUCGUGGCUUGCUGGCUCGCGGCUCGCGAGCGGGAGGUGAAUUAUAGUCUGAACGGAUACACCGAGGAGCGAAACUGCUGGGUCAUCGUCCUCGAGCUGGCAGCUCGGCGCAGCGCCACCGUCGAACUGAGACAGGCCGACACGGCCGGGAACACCAUCACCGUGUGCCGCCCCGGCCCUGUGCCCAACGUCACGAGCAGGGUCUCCCGAAAGGGAUCUCCGAUCGACCUCCUAGAAGGUUAUGCUUGCAGCUUCAGACUAGGACUCGUCGUUCGACGGACGGUGGGAGACUGGCUCGAUACGCUCCAGCGGUCGGGCCUCACCGGAUACGCCCUCGAGUGUGGACGUGGUAGGUACCACCUCACCCUGCCGCUAAGGCUAGCCGCCUUGCUCACGUACUGGGUUUCGUGCCCGCUCAGGCCAGAGAUACUGGGUACGCGCGGUGGUCCGCCAAUUCAAGGACGUCAUCUUGGGAAGGGCCCGCAACCUCGAGCAGUCCGAGAUGGCACAUGUCUGGGAGCUCGGCGACGAAGUCGACCCCCCGAAGGCAAAUGGCAGCGGCACAAACGGUACCGGCUGCGACGGCUUCCAACCAGGCCGAUUUAUCCCCUCCAAGGCGCUUACGAAGCUUGACGUGCCCCGAACCAAUGCUCCCGAACUGAUUCCGACCGGCCAUGAAAAGAGGGGACAGUACUCUGAACACCCUCCUCACACAUUGCUAGAGCUAUCGACGGAUCUGAGCCCCGAAUCCCAGACGGAAACAGAGGGUUCGCGGCCCUCGCCCUCGCCCCCAAUCCGCCGAUUCUACCCAUACCAAGGCCCCGAGGAACCAUAUUAUGGAGUCGGUAUCGAGGCAUGGUUGCGCUUUGCCAAGGCCCACGGCGCCUAGGUAGGCGGGAUGGCGAGGGCGGGGUUCAUGGUUCCCCUCUCACCGCAACGGCCCCCUUCAUAUUUGGUUGUGUUAACUAGAGGAUUUGAGUAUGAGGCGCGGUCUAAAGACCCGUAUCUACCUAGGCCGCAACUCACUUAGUUGAGGGUGUUUUGCCAGCAUGUUGCGAGAAAUAGGAAACUGUAGAUGAUUCCCGUAAGAGGUUUUUCUGUACAAUGAUAAUGAGUCUUCUGAAGAUGACUAUGGCUAGCAGUUUUGCGCCUAGGCGGCUGGCUCUGUUUUCC